AUGAAUAACUAAAUCAAAGGUAUAACUCAAUCUUUUCUGAAAAAACUUGAGGAGCUUGAGUAAUCUAAUUACAGAGACUUUGAUAUUAUUCCUUAAAGUGAGACCACUGCCAUUUUUUAAAAUAACAUCUAUUCUAAAAGUUAGCUCAUUGAGUAAAACUUUGAUUUCAGAGACGAUGAUAUCUAAGAGUUUUCAUAAACAGAAGAAAAAACGAUACCAAAUAUAAUUGUACACAAUAAUUUCAAGAAGCUUAGUAAAGUUAGAGGAAAAUAAUAAUUUGACUUUUAGAAGUCUGAAUAGGCUGAAAAUGUUUAAAGAAUUAAAAAUUAAAGUACGAAAUAGGAAUAACUAGAUAUUAUUCAUCAAUUUAAAAUAAGCAUCUUCAGUGAAAUUAUUAAAAAGACUUACAGUUCAGAUCAUUCACAGUAGACUUAUCUGACAGCACUUUCAAUAUUUGAAAGAGUUUUUCAGAAUAUUAAUCUUGAUCUUUUCUAUAACAACCCAUCAUUUGAUUUCCUCUACAUCCUGGGAAUUGCAGCUUAUUAAGUCUCAUCAAAGUAUUGGGAUAUUUAUCCUCUAUCAAUCUCUGAGUUAAGUCAAGAAUUUGGCAUUAGCAAGAGAUGUGUGGUUGAAAUAGAAAAGUUAUUAUUGAUUGAGAUAAAAUUUUUGAUUCGAUCUGAACCCGUAGAAAAAGAUCAUGUCACUAUAUUAUAGGAGAUUAUCUAAUAGAUUACUAAUGAAUAAAGUAUGAACAAAUAAAUCAAGGCUUGUGAUUUGCAAGAAUAUUGA